GGGGAGGAAGGAAAGCUUAACGUGCUGGAGGCGGCAGAGCCCGACAGCUUACCGGCGAGGGGCUCGACGGCGGUGAUCCCUAAGGAGCCCCAUUCCUCCCGAUGCUUCCCGCCUGGGGCACUGUGACACUCGGGGCGUGCUAAGGGAAAUGGAACCGUUAUUUGCAUAGAAGCAGUAAAGCCUGUUGAGCUUCUCCUUCGGGAGCUCUGCACUUGGAAAUUUAAUAGAGCCUCGCGGCUUAAGGCAUUUCUCUGACCAGGAAACGUUUGGCGCAAUCUUCCUUCAUACUGUGCUCAGUUCUGUAUUCCUCAUUGUAACGGAGGGCACAUGGUGGCUCUGGGACCGUGGAGUGGAGCAGGCCCAGGGCUGUAGGAGAGGUGGUUUGGGAUCCCGCAGACCAAGGUGUGAAGUCUGCUCACAGUAUAGCCAUACCAACUGUGGAAACUCGAGCUCAAGGGACUUCCAUCAAGUGUCCGUUUUCUACUGGGAUCAUUGUGAAAAUUGAAUAAUUUACGGAGUAUAUCCUGCAGAACCGGUAAUGCAGCCAGCUCCGAAAGGCACAGGCAAGGUGGGGAAGAAAGAAUCCUCAAAGAAGCGUACAGUGGCUAGGUCUCUAGUGGAGGGCCUGCUGCAGCCAGUGAAGCUCAGCCCAGCAGAACUGUACAAGGAGCCUACCAAUGAAGAGCUGAAUCGCCUUCGGGAGACUGAGAGUCUGUUCCACUCCAGUUUGCUUCGUUUACAGGUAGAAGAGCUACUAAAGGGAGUGAGGCUGCCAGAGAAGAAGAAGGAGCGGAUUGAUGCUUUCCUACGGGAAGUCAACCAACGGGUCAUGCAGGUGCCCUCAACUCUUGAAACAGAGGUAAAGCAGCUGACUGAUCAGGCAUGGCUCCCGACUGGGGUUCGAGUUCCUCUCCAUCAAGUACCUUAUACUGUGAAGGGCUGUUUCCGCUUCCUGCCCCCAGCCCAGGUCACUGUUGUGGGCAGCUACCUCCUGGGUACCUGCAUCCGGCCGGACGUCAAUGUGGAUAUGGCCCUGAUCAUGCCCAGGGAGAUCCUACAGGACAAGGAUGGGCUGAACCAGCGCUACUUCCGCAAGCGUGCUCUCUACCUAGCCCACUUGGCUCACCACCUGGCCCAAGACCCUGUCUUUGGCAGUGUUCGCUUCUCCUUCACCAAUGGCUGCCACCUGAAACCAUCCCUGUUGCUGCGGCCGCAUGGGAAGGAUGAGCGCCUGGUCACUGUGCGUCUGCAUCCAUGCCCUCCACCUGACUUCUUCCGCCUAUGCCGCCUGCUGCCAUCCAAGAACAAUGUGCGCUCUGCGUGGUACCGAGGGCAGAGUCCUCCAGGGGAUGGUAGCCCAGAGCUCCCCACCCCUCACUAUAACACAUGGGUCCUACAGGACACAGCCCUCGAGUCCCAUGUGCAGCUGCUAUCAACCAUGUUAGGCUCAGCCUUGGGGCUGAAAGAUGGUGUGAUACUUUUGAAGAUCUGGCUGCGGCAGCGGGAAUUGGACAAGGGCCUGGGAGGGUUCAGCGGGUUUCUUGUCUCCAUGUUGGUUGCCUUCCUCGUGUCCACACACAAGAUCCACACCACCAUGAGUGGCUACCAGGUCCUGAGAAGCGUCUUGCAGUUUCUAGCCACCACAGAUCUGACUGUCCAUGGGAUCAGUUUAUGUCUCAGCUCAGAUUCCUCCUUGCCAGCCCUGGCCGACUUCCACCAGGCUUUCUCUGUGGUGUUCCUGGACCCCUCAGGCCGGCUCAACCUCUGUGCUGAUGUCACUGCCUCCACUUACCACCAGGUGCAGCAUGAGGCACAGUUGUCGAUGGCGUUGCUGGACAGCAAAGCUGAUGAUGUAUUCCAGCUGCUGUUGAUGACUCCCAAACCUAUGAUUCGGACUUUUGACCAUGUCCUGCAUCUCCAUCCACUGAGUCGCCUGCAGGCAGCAUGCCACCGGCUGAACCUGUGGCCAGAGCUGCAGGACCAUGGUGGGGACUAUGUCUCAGCUGCUUUGGGUCCACUAACCACCCUCCUGGAGCAGGGCCUGGAGUCCCGGAUACACCUGCUGGCCCACUCUCGGCCCCCAGUCUCAGAGUGGGAUAUCAGCCAGGACCCACCGAAGCAUAGAGACUCUGGGCCCCUGACCCUGGGAUUGCUCCUCCGACCUGAGGGCCUUACCAGUGUCCUCGAGCUGGGUCCAGAGGCCGACCAGCCCAAGGCAUCUGACUUCCGGCAGUUCUGGGGAUCUCGCUCGGAGCUUCGGCGUUUCCAGGAUGGAGCUAUUCGGGAAGCUGUGGUCUGGGAGGCAGCCUCUAUGGCCCAAAAGCGCCUUAUUCCCCACCAGGUCGUCACCCACCUCUUGGCACUCCAUGCUGACAUCCCAGGUACCUGUGUCCGUUAUAUGGGGGGCCUCCUGGAUGCACUGAUCCAAGGCCUUAAAGAGACCUCCAGCACCGGGGAAGAGGCCCUAGCAGCGGCGGUGCGUUGCUAUGAUGACCUCAGCCGUCUGCUGUGGGGGCUGGAAGGUCUCCCGUUGACUGUGUCUGCUGUACAAGGAGCACACCCAGUGCUGCGCUACACUGAGGUGUUCCCACCAACCCCAGUCCGGCCAGCCUACUCGUUCUACGAGCACCUCCGAGAGCGGGCCUCACUGUUGCCCCGGACCGACAAACCCUGUCCAGCCUAUGUGGAGCCCAUGACUGUGAUAUGUCACCUGGAGGGCAGUGGUCAGUGGCCACAGGAUGCGGAGGCCAUACGGCGAGUCCGAGCUGCCUUCCAGCUACGCCUCGCAGAGCUGCUGACACAGCAGCACGGACUGCGGUGCCAUGCCUCAGCCAUGCACACUGAUGUCCUCAAGGAUGGGUUUGUGUUCCGGAUUCGUGUGGCCUAUCAGCGGGAGCCCCAGAUCCUGAGGGAAAUGCGGAGCCCUGAGGGAAUGAUCUCACUGAGGGACACGCCCACCUCCCUCUGUCUAGAGAAGGACACCAGGCAGUUGCCCCUGCUCACCAGUGCCUUGCAUGGACUCCAACAGCAGCACUCAGCCUUCUCUGGUGUGGCUCGGUUGGCCAAGCGGUGGGUACGUGCCCAGCUUCUGGGUGACGGGUUCACUGAUGAGAGCCUGGACUUGGUGGCUGCUGCCCUUUUCCUGCACCCUGAGCCCUUCACUCCUCCCAGCUCCCCUCAGGUGGGCUUCCUUCGCUUCCUCUUCCUGGUGUCAACCUUUGAUUGGAAGAACAACCCCCUGAUUGUCAACCUCAAUAAUGAAUUCACUGCGGAGGAGCAGGUGGAGAUACGCAGUGGCUUCCUGGCAACUCGGACACAACUCCCCAUCAUGGUCAUUAUUACCCCCAACGAUCGCAAAAACUCCAUAUGGACACAGGAUGGACCCUCGCCCCAGAUCCUACAGCAGCUUGUGGUCCUGGCAGCCAAGGCCUUGCCUGUCCUAGAGAAGCAGCUAAUGGAUCCCCGGGGGCCAGGGGACAUCAGGAUGGUGUUCCGGCCACCCUUGGACAUGUAUGAUGUGCUGAUCCGCCUGUCUCCCCGCCACAUCCCCCGGCACCGCCAGGCUGUGGACUCACCAGCGGCCUCCUUCUGCCGUGGCCUGCUCAGUGAGCCAGGGCCCUCAUCCCUGAUGCCUGUUCUGAGCUAUGAUCCCCCUCAGCUCUAUCUGGCGCAGCUCAGGGAGGCCUUCAGGGACCUUGCCCUUUUCUUUUAUGACCAGCAUGGUGGAGAAGUGAUUGGUGUCCUCUGGAAGCCCACCAGCUUCCAACCUCAGCCCUUCAAGGCCUCCACUACAAAGGGGCACGUGAUGGUGUCUCAAGGUGGGGAGCUGGUGAUGGUGCCUAAUGUAGAAGCAAUCCUGGAGGACUUUGUCAUCCUGGGCGAAGGCCUGGUACAGGCUGUGGAGACCCUAAGUGAGAGGUGGACUGUGUGAUCUCCAGCCCCAGGAGCAAGUUGUAGAUGGACAGUAGGACUUGAGACCUCUGGAGCAGAAUAUCAGUGGCACUACCUCCAGACUUGUUGCAUAUGGACCCUCCUUGGAGGGCCUGCUGGCCUGAACACACUGAGUCAUCCCCUGCAAAAGCCCUGCCCUGAUUUUCUGUCUGAUGCCUCAGCACUGGAGCAAGGGGCCAUGAUGUCCUAUGGAGUCCCAGGGCCUGACUAUCUGAACUCCCAGAAGAGCAGUAGGAGCUAGCUCAGAGAGGGAACUGAAUGAACCCAGGAGAUCCAUCCAUCUGUCGUCCUUCACCUGGGCUUUUUUUUUCCCCCUUCCUAGGCUGUUUCCGGAAAUCUGGAGAGGAGGGCAUGUGCUCAGGGCUGAGGCUGUCUCCCCUUUGCAUUGCCAGGAUGUUGUGCCUAGACCUCAGUGUGCUUUUAAAUGGUGCCCAGAGAAGGUGUGGCACUUCCUGAGGGUCACAGAGUGCCAGCACUGAGCAGUGGAGAGGGGGCAAUGUAUGGAUAAGUAGAUCACAUUGAAGGGGCACAGGGGCUUUGGUGUUGAGAGCAUAAAGAACAGGAAGGGACUGGGUCAGUAGAGGGGUAAGGGAGACUGAUGGUCCCCAAGUCCCGGGGGAGAUAUAGAAAGCAUGGAGGGGCUCCCCUGGCCUCUGUCUGAGUCCCUCCAGCUCUGUGCACCAGCCUAUUCAUGUCCAAACCUCCCCCACUCCACUCCCACAGCAGGUGUGCAGUGAAGAGGGACACCGAAGUCCUACUCUCCAGGGGCUCCCAGUGGCCUGGGGAAUGGGGGAUGCUACUUCCUUUCAGCCUGGUCCACACCCCACUUCAGGCAGCCCCUCCGUUCUUUAUCUCCCCUAAUCCUGUUGUCUCAGACUCAACUCUAGUAGUGCCUCAUCAAACCUUUUGCUCGCCCUCAGCCUGAGGUGCUUUCCUUCCUCUGAAACAUUAGAGCACUUGCUCUCCAUUCAGUUACUUCGUAGUCAUGUAUAGCAGUAUAAAUGCUCCUGUUUGUCUUAAACUCUGAUUUAAAAUUAAAUUAAUUUUCUCAUA